AUGGGUAUCUGCCCUGACGCUUUUGAUGGAGAUGAACUGCUGAGUUGCAGCUUGGAACAGUUGAAGGACGCGGCGAAUGAGUUUGAAGAGAUCAUGAUAAUGCUGGUGGGCAAAGCGAAUACUCCUGAAGACAAGAUCGGGACGCCCUCGGGCUCGCUCUGUAAACACCCCGCGGGAUCGCCCCGCUACGCCUCGGAUGGCUCCGAGAGCGAGUCAGAUGGAUCCAUCAGCAUUCGUCAGAUGUCUCUAGGACCAUCGGGGGAAGGUUCUUAA